AUGCGAGACGAUCCUUCAGCUGCCAUUAAGUUCCCAAUUAUAGUUAAAAUUCCAAUUAAUUGCUUCAGAAAUGAAGCAUGUCCUGUAAUUUGUGUUUCGUUAUUUGUGAACCUCCUUUUCAUUUCAAGUUAUGCCCAUGCAAUUCUAAUUGACAAAGCAUUCACUUCGACUGAGUCUAUAAAUUAUCUUUAUCAGACACCUGUUUAUGAUUUACAAGUUUUAGACAGCAACAUACUUGUGGCUAGGAAUGAUGCUAAGCAGUUGAUUGGCCUAGAUGUAUUGAACCAGAACCUCAUUCAAUGGAAGUUGGAUCUCGAUGUAACUAAGGAUUAUCAACUUUUGGUAACCAAUGAUAAGAUACUUGGAUUUAAGUUAAAUGAACCGGAAAUUAUUGAAAUUGAUGCAAAUGGAGCGAUCAACUUUAUCGAUAUAAAGAGGAGCAUUGCCCAUUUAUAUGAAUGCAAAUAUGGUGGUGUCUUUGUCUUGACUACUGAUAAUGCAUUGAUCUAUAUUGAUCAAAAUAGUAACAAGCAUCAAGUACAUUCAAAUGUUUCAAAUUUUGUUGUUGAUUGCCAUGAUGGAUACAUUUAUCUCAUUAUUGAUAGUGCACAGUUGAUAAAGCUAUCAACGAAAGGUGAAAUAGUGUUUGAGAAGGAAGUAUCAUUAGGGUCGAUUCGGGAAUUCAAGUCAGGUAUAGCAUUAACUCAAAACGAUCAAAUUUUUAAACUUGAUCAUCGUUCAAAGUCAUUCAAAAGAGUAGACAAUGAUGAGUUUGGGAAUUUGGUAGUGAUUGGAUCGAGUUAUUUGUAUUCACGAUCCCCAAAAGCUGUCAAGUUAAUCAAUAUAGAUAAAAAGGCAAAACAAGUAUUUGAAAUUAAAGCUACAUCGCUUGUGAAACUUUAUUCAACUACGUUGCAACACCUUUUAAUUAUUAGCGAUGGUACCACGCGUCAAGUCUAUGAUUUAACUGAUUUCUUGUAUACCCACGAUACGCAUAGUAUUAAAAAAUUCCAAUUCAAAUUAGGUAAAGAUUAUCCCUAUGAAUUAAUUGCCACUACGCCUGAUUUCCAAUUGGGGUAUGUUGCACUUGAUGGGAAUCUUUAUGGUGAAUUGUUUAGCUUAUUCGAUGGAAGUAAAGUGAAAGAUAUCAAGCCAACCAAACCACAGUAUUCAUCAGAUAAAGGAAUCUAUAUAAUAAUCGAUCCUCCUGAAUCUGAUAAGAUUAAGUCUGAAGUUUACAAUCUUGCCAAGGAAUCGAACAGUAAGUUGGUAUUUACCAAUUGGUUGCAUCGAGUCAUUAGACACUUGAACGAAUUGGGUAGAUUUAUCGUUGAUUACAACCAUUGGUUUGACUUUGAGGAUUUAUCAAUGGAUGCAUUUAACAAGUUGAUUGUAUUUUACGAUGCAAAGGAUCAUAAAGUGGUUGCUGUAAAUUCUUAUGAUGGGGAAGUGGCUUGGGAGUCUAAUCCAUUAGGAGUUGAAAGUGAAUUCAUUACUUUGAAACAGAUUGAUACACAGGAUAAUCAGGAAGUUAUUUUAGUUGUAUUUGCUACUGAGAUUUACAAGCUUUAUUCGCAUAAUGGAGCAAUAGCUCUGGUGAUUAGUAAUGACGAGGGAUAUACAAACAUUGUACCAGUGGAUACAUUUUAUGCAUUGGAAAGCAAUCAUAAAUUCCUCAUUCCUCAUGCUAAUCCCAGUGGCGAAAAAUUGCAUUUUGCAAAAACAAUUGAUGAUUCUGAAAUCGAUGGACAUGUCAUCCUUCCUGGUUCAUUAGAUUCGAUUCAAACGUGGUCAUAUAAUUUCAAUGAGCCAAUUGUCGCCCAAGCAAGAAUCAAUAAUCAAGAUUCAAAAGUAUCAACUAUUGGAAUACCAAAAUCGGAUAAAUCGGUAUUAUACAAGUAUCUUAACCGGAAUUUAAUUGCAGUAUUGACAUUGGAAGACCAAUUAAAGUUUUAUUUACUUGAUGGUGUUUCAGGUGAGCUAUUGCACCAGCAGUCUCAUAACAAGUCGGAAAUAAUUGAUCCGAAUUCAAUCAAUUUGAUCAUUGAUGACAAUUGGAUAGUGUACACCUAUUUUACAAAACAACCACGAUUAGAACAACGUAUCAAUGUGAUUGAUUUAUUCAAAACCAGCAACAAAGAUAACAAGGACACGAACAGCAAUGCCGGUCUUAAAAUUGGUCAAGUAUUCACUGAGUCAUUUGUAUACCCAGAACGAAUUUUGGACUUGUCAUCAACUCAAUCAAAGCAUGGUAUAACUUUGAAAUCGAUAAUUGCUUAUACUGAGUCGGGUAACCUUGUUGAGUUGCCAAAAUUUAUCUUAAAUUCAAGACGUCCUCAACACCAAAUGAAACCAACUGAAUUUCAGGAUGAUUUUAGAUUAACUCCUUAUGAUCCAAUUGUACCGAAGAACAAUUAUCAAACGAUUAACCACAAGUAUCAACUCUUUGGCAAAACCAAUAAGAAGAAAGAAAGUGCCUCAUCGAUAUUGAUCAAACCGACUGAUUUUGAAAGUACGGUGGUUGUAUGUUUUCUCAAUAAUGAAGUUCGAUAUUGUUCAUUAGUUCAACCAAGUUUGUCAUUUGAUUUAUUGAAUAAGAAUUUUGAAAAAUUGAAAUUGGUCAUUACAAUUGUUAUUUUAUUUGUGUUGUUUAUUGUCACGAAACCUUAUGUUGCUAAUAAGAAAUUGAAAUCGCAGUGGUUGGAUUAUAAAAAGUAA